AUGUAUGACAUGUUGUCUGAAUUCCGAGUCUCAGAAUUUGAUUCGUUUGUGAAUAUAUUAAAAUUGACUCCUAUCGAUCCUUUAGAUACUUUUGGCGAGAUGUGGUACCCAGUGUUUCUGUGGUCUCUGUGCUCAUCAGUGGUUGUCCACACCUGUGCGGCGCUUGUCGCGUUUGGUACUCUUAGGAAGCAUAAAUAUGGAAAGUUUUUUCCUGUGUUGUUAAUAAUAAUGGGUGUUGUGUGUCCAGUGACUUCUGGUGUCGCAAGUAGUGCUGCUAUCGCGUUUAUUUACCGUGCCGCUAAUCUAGCUAUGCCACCUAUCCAUGCCAUGAUAUGGGGUGUAGGACAGACUAUUCUAGGAGCUGGAAUCGGCUUCACUAGAAUCUUAGCUACAUUGUAA